AUGGCGGCGGCGGGCCCGGGGCGCGGCGGCGGCGGCGGCUGGGGCAGGAGCCGGGGUGCCGUGCUACUGCUCUUCUUCUCGCUGUCGCCGCGGCCGCCGGCCGGGGCCGCCUGGCUGCUGGGGCUGCGGCCCGAGGACACGGCGCCGGGCCGGGUGUCCCUGGAGGGCGGCGCGGUGCAGGCGGCGGAGGGCAGCCGCUUCCUCCUGCGCCUCUACUUCCAGCCGCCGCCCGAAGGCAACGGCAGCCGCGGGCCGGCGGGGGAGCGGGAGCCGCGGCUCGUCUUCAUCGAGGAGGCGGCUCCGGCGGCGGCGGGGGGCAAGGGCAAGACGGCGCGGGGCCCGGCGGAGCGGUGCCGGGAGCGCAGCGCCUGGGCCUCGGACGUGGAGGUGGUGGGGCCGCUGCGCUCGGGCGGUGCGGCGGGCUCGGCGCUGGCCGAGGUGCGGGUGCGGGAGCCGCGCAAGGGCGAGGCGGCGUCGGCGCCGGGCGGGCGGCUCUUCUCGCUCUGCGCCUGGGACGGGCGGGCCUGGGCGCAUCACGGGGCGGCGGGCGGCUUCCUGCUGCGGGUCCGGCCGGCCGCCCCGGCGCUGGGCGCCUGGCUGCUGCCGCUGCCCGAGGCGGGCUGGCUGCGGGCGCUGGGCGCGCUGCUGCUGCUGGGGCUGUCGGCGUUGUUCAGCGGGCUGCGCCUCUCGCUGCUCUCGCUGGACCCGCUGGAGCUCCGCGUCCUCCGCAACAGCGGCUCGGCCGCCGAGCGGGAGCAGGCGCGGCGGGUGCAGGCGGUGCGCGGCGGCGGCGGCACCUACCUGCUGUGCACGCUGCUGCUGGGUCAGGCCGGGGCCAACGCGGCGCUGGCCGGCUGGCUCUGCUCCUCGCUGCCCGGCGGCGCGGCGGCGGCGGGCGGGCCGCGGGGAGCUCCCUGGCUGCCGGUGGUGUUGUGCGCCGCCGCCGUCUUCUUGGGCGGAGAGGUGCUACCCUACUCCGUCUGCUCCCGGCACGGGCUGGCCAUCGCCUCCCGCACCCUAUGCCUCACCCGGCUGCUGAUGCUGGCCGCCUUCCCACUCUGCUACCCGCUCAGCCGGCUGCUGGACUGGGCGCUGCGGCAGGAGCUCAGCGUCUUCUCCACGCGGGAGCGGCUGCUGGAGACGCUGCGUGCCGCCGGUCCCCACGGCGACCUGGUGCGGGAGGAGUUGGCCAUGGUGCAGGGCGCGCUGGAGCUGCGCACCAAGGUGGUGGAGGACGUGUUGACGCCACUGGCCGACUGCUUUAUGCUCCGUGCUGACGCCGUGCUGGACUUUGCCACUGUCUCUGAGAUCCUUCGCUCCGGCUACACCCGCAUCCCCGUCUAUGAAGGCGACCGGCGCGACAACAUUGUCGACCUGCUGUUCGUCAAGGACCUGGCCUUCGUUGACCCUGAUGACUGCACCCCGCUGCAGACUGUCACCCGCUUCUACCGCCGCCCGCUCCACUGCGUCUUCAACGACACGCGCCUUGACACACUGCUUGAGGAGUUCAAGAAGGGAAAGUCCCACCUGGCCAUUGUGCAGCGGGUGAACAACGAAGGGGAAGGAGACCCAUUCUACGAGGUGAUGGGCAUUGUCACACUGGAGGAUGUCAUUGAGGAGAUCAUCAAGUCCGAGAUCCUGGAUGAGACGGAUCUGUACACUGACAAUCGGAAGAAGGAGCGGGUACCGCACCGGGGACGCAAGCCCCAGGACUUCUCCAUCUUCAGGCUAUCGGACAGUGAGAUGAAGGUGAAGAUCUCCCCGCAGCUCCUCCUGGCUACCCAUCGGUUCAUGGCAACAGAAGUGGAGCCUUUCAAGUCCCCUUACCUCUCCGAGAAGAUCCUGCUGCGACUCCUGAAACACCCCAAUGUCAUCCAGGAGCUCAAGUAUGACCGAAAGAACAAGAAGGCAGCAGAGCAUUACCUCUACCAGCGCAACCGCCCUGUCGAUUACUUCGUCCUCCUCUUGCAGGGGAAAGUGGAAGUGGAGGUUGGCAAGGAAGGGCUGCGGUUUGAGAACGGGGCAUUCACCUACUACGGUGUCCCCGCCAUCAUGGCUGUUGUCUCUUCAGAUAACGACGUGCGGAAAGUGGGCAGCCUGGCUGGAUCCUCCUUCCUAUUGCCUGUCUCAGUGUCCCGUACCUUUGCCUUCAGCAGAGGGGACUCCCUGGCUGGCUCUCCAGUGAACAGGUCUCCGUCGCGGUGCAGCGGACUCAACCGCUCCGAGUCCCCAAACCGGGAGCACAACGACUCCGGGGGCAGCUCCACACAGCUCCACAGCAGCAGCAACAACAUCUACACGCCCGACUACUCCGUGCACAUCCUCUGCGACGUGCAGUUUGUCAAGGUGACCCGGCAGCAGUACCACAAUGCGCUGGUGGCCAGCCGCAUGGACAGCUCACCCCAGUCCCCCGACAUGGAGGCCUUUGACAGGGAUUCAACCAAGGCCUCAACUGCACGAGGAACCCCACAGACACCCAAGGAGGAUCCCACCACCCUCCUGAAUGAAAGAAACAGCAGCCGCUCCGAGGGGCUGCGCAGUCCCAGUGAGUCUGUGUUCCUGCGCAUGGAGGGCAUCCCCUUCAUCCAGGAGGAGCUGGCUGACAAUGAGGAGAACAGCAAGCGGCAGAACAGUGAGUGCUGUGGCGCCGUCCUAGAGGCAGAGUCACCAGGAAGAGAGGCCGGGAGCAGCUCAUCGCCGAGCAGCUCUGAGGAGACGCUGGGCAGGAGGCUGCUGAGACCGCUCAGUGGGCGCAAGCAGCGGUCGUCGCCGGAGGGUGAGCAGAUGCCAGAAGAGAGCUCCAAUCUUGCUCCAUUAAUCACCUGA